CACCCUGGGCGUCCCUGCUCCAGGCGCUUAGUACAGUGCUCUGCACACAGUAAGCGCUCAAUAAAGACGACUGACUGCUCGGCGGCCCGCAUGGCCGGCCCCGGAGGGCCCCUCUCCGCUCAGCAGUUCCCUGAAGAAAUUACAUAUUAUGGAGGGACACCAGAGCUAAAUGGCGGUAGAUUCAAAAUCCUUAAUCCUCUAACAAUGGAACGACUGAUGGACCAAAUAAAAACUAUCUCUAGUAAGGAACAGCUGUCAGAUGGAAUCACGCUCACAUUCGACUUUCUGCUCAGAAGUAUCCAUUUCUUCAGGUAAAUAAUCACCUUUGAAGAGAAUAUGGAUUUCUUCAACUCAACUGAACGAAAUAUUACAUCAGAAGAACUGUUAAACAGAAUGACAGCCAAGAUUCUAAUCUCACUGACUCUUUCAGUAUUGGCACUGAUGACAACAGCCAUCAAUUCCCUUGUGAUUACCGCAAUAAUAGUGACCCGGAAGCUACAUCAUCCUGCCAGUUAUUUAAUCUGCUCCCUUGCAGUCACGGAUUUCCUAGUUGCCAUCCUGGUGAUGCCCUUCAGCAUUAUCUACAUUGUUAAAGAAACUUGGAUUAUGGGACAAGUGGUAUGUGAUAUUUGGUUGAGCGUUGACAUUACGUGCUGUACAUGCUCUAUCUUACAUCUCUCUGCAAUAGCCUUGGAUCGAUAUCGAGCCAUCACCGAUGCCGUGGAGUAUGCCAGGAAGAGGACACCAAAACGUGCUGGUAUAAUGAUAGCUGUGGUAUGGAUCAUAUCCAUUUUUAUCUCAAUGCCUCCUUUGUUCUGGCGCCAUCAAGGAACCAGCCGAGAUGAUGAAUGCAUCAUUAAGCAUGACCAUAUUGUGUCCACCAUAUACUCCACCUUUGGAGCCUUUUACAUACCACUGGCAUUAAUCCUGAUCCUUUAUUACAAAAUCUAUAGGGCCGCAAAAACACUGUACCACAAGAGGAAUGCUAGUCGCAUAACAAAAGAAGAGCUCAAUGGUCAGGUUCUCUUGGAAAGUGGUGAAAAAAAUUCUAGACUAGUCUCCACCCAAUACGUGCCAGAGAAGUCCUUAUCUGAUCCUUCCACAGACUUUGAUAAAAUUCACGUCACGGUGAAAAGCCCCAAAUCUGAAUUCAGGCAUGAGAAAUCUUGGAAAAAGCAAAAAAUCUCCAGCACAAGAGAACGCAAGGCAGCGACUACUCUGGGGUUAAUCUUGGGUGCGUUUGUGAUCUGCUGGCUUCCUUUUUUUGUUAAGGAAGUGGUUGUUAAUGUCUGUGAAAAAUGCCAAAUUUCAGAAGAAAUGUCUAACUUUCUGACCUGGCUUGGAUAUCUCAAUUCCCUUAUUAAUCCACUGAUCUACACAAUCUUUAAUGAAGAUUUUAAGAAAGCAUUCCAGAAACUUGUGAGGUGUAGACACUACAUUUGA